AGGAGGGAGCCGCUUCCCAUAGACCAGGCGCCAAGUGUAGCAGUGCCGUCCGCAGUCUGCCUCAGCACCUCAACCGCCCGCAAUGCCCUUGGACACUGGCGCUCCGCUCGAUUCCGCCACGCACUGACUAAUCGUGACAUCUCAGCGAGUUACUCCGGAUCUCUACUUUGGGACUUUUUGCGCACACUGUCCUGACACAUCUACGCUGAGUGAAACAAAUGGGGAAGGUCCAAGGAUAACAGGGUGCAGGAUUUUGUUACUGCAGAAGACCUGCCGGUAGUUCGCUGUCCGGAGGGGGGGCUGGCUGCGCCUCUGUCAGAGACCGUAGUGCCGCAUCCACUGUUUUGAUCAUCUAAACUCGCCUUGCAUGGAUACAUCAUGGCUACAUUUAUAUGCAGGGUGCAGUUUUUAGAUGAUACUGAUCCAUUUAACAGCACCAAUUUCCCCGAGCCCACCAGACCGCCUCUGUACACCUUCAGGGAAGAUAUCCCUCUGAUAAAUCAGAUUGCUGGAGUCCACAGGCUGUUAAAAGCCCCACACAAGCCCGAUGACUGUGCCCUUCAGCUGUCCCAUAAUGGAAGCUACUUGGACCUGGAAUCUACGCUGGCAGAACAGCGAGAUGAACUGGAGGGAUUUCAGGAGGAUGGAGGACGAGGAAAGAAACACGGCAUCAUUCUUCGAACGCAGCUAUCAGUCAGAGUUCACGCGUGCAUCGAAAAACUCUACAACUCAACAGGACGGGAGCUGCGGAGAGCCCUCUUUUCCCUCAAGCAGAUUUUUCAGGAUGACAAAGACCUUGUGCACGAGUUUGUGGUGGCCGAAGGACUCACGUGUUUGAUAAAAGUUGGAGCCGAAGCCGACCAGAACUACCAGAAUUACAUCCUCAGGGCUCUUGGUCAAAUAAUGCUGUACGUGGACGGGAUGAACGGCCUCAUAUCUCACAAUGAAACGAUCCAGUGGCUUUACACGCUGGUUGGAUCCAAGUUUCGUCUGGUGGUGAAGACAUCCCUAAAGCUGCUGCUGGUGUUUGUCGAGUACACCAAGUCCAAUGCUGCCCUUCUCAUAAAGGCUGUGAACGCUGUGGAUACCAAAAGGGGUACAAAACUGUGGUCAAAUGUCAUGGAGAUCCUUGAUGAGAAGGAUGGAGUGGAUACAGAGCUGCUGGUGUUCGCAAUGACGCUCAUCAAUAAGACGUUGGCAGGCCUACCAGACCAGGACUCCUACUAUGACAUGGUGGAUUGUCUGGAGGAGCAAGGCAUCGAAGCCACGGCCCAGAGACACCUAAGCAGAAAAGGCACUGAUCUCGACCUCGUGGAACAGUUCAACAUCUAUGAGAUGACUCUCCGUCAUGAGGACGGUGACGAUGACACCCAGUUGCCCCCGAGUGGGCGAAAGGACCGCCGGCGGGCCAGUGUCGGCGGCACUAAUGAGAGGCGAGGCCUGGAGAGAAGACGCAGCCGGAGACAUUCGCUUCAGAAUAGCAGAGGCCAUGCUUCUGCCCCAGCAUCACCCAGCACCAGUCACGCUCGUGCAAGUGGCUUCCUCCGCUUUGGUAGCCAACAUGAAGAUAUCAGUGAAAGUCUGACAGAUAAUACAUCUCCUUCAUCUUGCCCUGCUAGAAAGCCCUGCUGGGCUGAAAGAAUCAGUGGCAAUGGCACUCCACAUCCUGGCGUCAAAUCCAUAUCCCAGAACCAAACUCCUACAUCACCCGUCCAUCGUUUUAAUAGUUCAGCAACCUCCACACCAGAAUCCAAACCUGACAGACCUGCUAUAGGGGGGCUGCUAACAUUAUCAUACAGACAGCAUCAGGAGUCUCUGGCUGCAGAGAGAGAGAGGCGACGCCAGGAAAGAGAGGAGCGACUGCAGAGGAUUGAAAGAGAGGAGAGGAACCGCUUUAGUCGAGAUUAUGUUGAAAAGAGGGAAGAAGCAAGACAAGCCAGAGAAGAAAGGUACAAGGCUGUGGAACGGGUAGCUGCGGAGGAGUUUGAGCGGGAGCGCCCCAAAGUGCCAACAAGAGGGCGGACGGAGAUAACUCUGUGUUUGAGUCCAAACCCCGCCAGCCGCUCAGCAUCCCGCUGUGCUACACCUUCAUCCGUGAUUUCACAGGAAGACACCUCCACCAUCACACACCAGAGUUUGGGAACAGAACACAUCCCACAUGCUGAACCACAGACCAGAAUAAAAAGCGCAGCACCAGAGUUACCAGUAUUAGAACCUUCCCCUGCACCUCCCCCUGAACCAGACAAACAGCAAACUGAGGCGGCGUCGCAGGCAGAGACAGAGGAUGUUGUUGCUGAAGAGAAGGUAGCGGUAGAGGUGGCUUCAAUUGGACAGUCAGGCAAGAGUAAGGAAGAGACACGAGAGCAGGUGAAGCUUGAGGAGCGGAGACAGCGUAUGGAUGAGGCAGAAGAAGAAGAAGCAGAUGUAACUGAUAAGGUGAAGGAGGGAGAGCCGGAUGUAGAAGCAGAAGCAGUAGAGUUGGAGGAGGAGUCUGAGAAGGAGCAGGUGACAGAAAGGGAUGUAGAUGACAGUGUGCUGUUGAGUGAAAAAGAGAGGCAGAAUGAAGAGGUGAAUGAAAAGGACAACUGCUCUGCAUCCAGCAUCUCCUCCACAAGUAGCACUCUGGAGAGAGAGGAGCGGGAGGUGAAACUCAACCGUGAAAUCGAAGCAGGCCAAUGGACUCAGUGCAUUAAAGAGGCAGAUGUGAAUGACCACUGCAACAAAAUUCUCAACGGGAAACGCUUCAUGCUGGACAUGCUCUAUGCUCAGAAGACGGCCGCUGAGGAUGAUGGGAAAGUGGGAGAAUCUGAAAAGGAGAAGUGUAAAUGUGAGAAGGAGGAGGUGAAUGACUCUGUGGCGAGUUUGGCUAGCAGGAUCUCCACACUGGAGGCUCACAGACAGGCCAGAGAAGAAAAUGUGAAAAAGAUGGAGGUGGGAAAUCUGGACAAUCAGGGCAGCGUCCGGGCAGUGGCGGGGAAGUUUGGAAAUUUGGUCAAAGGCCUGACAUCUCCACCUGAAGCAGAGACGUCAAAAGAGCAGCAACAGGCUGAAAAAUCAUCGCCCGCUGCCUCGUCAACGUUAGCCCCAAAGAAAGAGUCGGACUAUAUCUGGGACCAGUUGAUGGCCAAACCAAGAGAGCUGCGGAUCAAAGAUAUGGACUUCACCGACCUGAAGGAUGAGGAUGACAUGGACAUUUUAGAUAUGGACAGCACGACAGGGUCAGGUGACCUAAUACCACCUCUUCCUCCCCUGCCGUGCAAUACCGCCCUGCCACCACCACCACCACCGUUUGGAUGCCCCCCACCUCCUCCCAUCCUUGGCAAAAUGAUGCCUCCACCUCCACCAUUUAUGGCCCCUAUCCCUCCGCCAUCCCCUCAGCUGAGCCGAGGGGAUAUUCCUCUCUUCCAGAAGAAGAAGAAGACCAUCCGUCUCUUCUGGAAUGAGGUUCGUCCUGUGGACUGGCAGUGUAAGAGUCAUAAAUUCUGUAAGGAUUCUCUCUGGUCCAAACUGGAGCCAGUUACACUGGACACAUCCAAGUUGGAGCAGCUGUUUGAGUCCAAAUCCAAGGAGCUCUCUGUCACGAAGAAAGCAGCUGUUGAUGGCAAACGGCAAGAGAUCAUAGUCCUGGACUCAAAGCGCAGCAAUGCUAUAAACAUCGGUUUGACUGUCUUACCUCCUCCCCGCACAAUCAAGACUGCCAUUCUCAACUUUGAUGAGUACGCACUAAACAAAGAAGGCAUCGAGAAAAUACUCACAAUGAUCCCCACAGAGGAGGAGAAGCAAAAGAUCCAGGAAGCUCAGCUGGUCAACCCUGCUAUCCCCCUGGGCAGCGCUGAACAGUUCCUUCUCACCCUCUCCUCCAUCACAGAGCUGUCUGCUCGCCUGCAGCUGUGGGCAUUCAAGAUGGACUAUGAAAUUAUUGAGAAGGAAGUGGCAGAGCCUUUGCAGGACUUGAAGGAAGGAAUGGAUCAGCUGGAAAAAAAUAAGACACUCAGAUACAUUUUGACCACGUUACUUGCCAUUGGCAACUUUCUCAAUGGCUCCAAUGCUAAAGGCUUUGAGCUGAACUAUUUGGAGAAGGUCCCUGAGGUGAAGGAUACAGUUCAUAAGCAAUCUCUGCUGCACCACGCCUGCUCCAUCGUGGUUGAGAAGUUUCCAGACAGUACUGAUCUCUACUCUGAGAUUGGCGCUGUUACCCGCUUGACCAAGGUGGACUUUGACCAGCUUCAAGACAAUCUGGCCCAGAUGGAGAGAAGGUGCAAAGCAUCAUGGGAUCACCUGAAAGUCAUUGCAAAACAUGAGAUGAAACCAGCGUUGAAACAAAAAAUGUCAGACUUCCUCAAAGACUGUGCAGAGAGGAUCAUCAUACUCAAGAUUGUACAUCGAAGAAUUAUCAACAGGUUUCAUGCUUUCCUGCUGUUCUUGGGCCAUCCGGUGUAUGCAGUACGUGACGUCAGCAUACACCGCUUUAGCAAGAUACUGAGCGAAUUUGCUCUAGAAUAUCGCACGACAAGAGAGCGCGUGCUGCAGCAGAAACAGAAGAGGGCCAACCACCGAGAGAGGAACAAGACCAGGGGAAAAAUGAUAACAGAUAGUGAAGAUGACAAUGAUAGUGAGAGUGGUAAAUUUGGUGGAGCCCCUUCAGACAAACCGGAGAGUCAGCCUCAGAGUGUCCAGAGUGCCGAAGAUGCAGCAGAACACGAGAACAUGAAGGCCGUCCUAAAAAGUAGCCUGCAGAGUGGAGAGAGUGGAUCAUCCACAGUGCCGGGCCUUCGAACACGCACCAGAGCCAGUAGCACCAGAGGUCGUGUUGCCCCAUGGUGCUCUGCCAACGACGACCCAGUAAACUGCACAGAUGACACAGCAGACGAGAUCAUGGAGAGGAUUGUCAGGUCAGCCACUCAGGGGCCCAGCCAGCGGACGCAGCCGCGGGAGAGGAGACGAUCCCGAGCCAAUCGAAAAUCAUUGAGGAGGACACUGAGGAAUGGUUUGACAACAGAGGAGGCAAACGCUCUUGGCUUGUCUAAUGGUUCGGAGAUGCAAGUGUGAGCUGGACCCCCAUGGGACACCACGCUAUCUGGAAGCCCUUUCACUGCCCCAAACCCCCCAUAAGGACAUAAAGACCCAACCCGUCAACCUACUCUGCUCCGGUUUGGCACUAAAAUCCCCCUCCCCAACCCCAGCUUUGAUGAGUUGAUCUCAUCUUUGUAUGUCUGGACUUGACCAAGUGCUUCCUAACGAAAGAGAAGGGAGAACAGGAUUUUAUUCCUGAACUGAUGGGCAGAGGGAGCAGAAACGGCGUGCUGCAUUAAAACCACUAAGCUUUGCCCUUGCCGGUUAAACACAGUUUACACAUGAUUUGCUUUCAUAAGGCUUCAUCACAGUUAUGCUUUCAAUGUGAUAUUGCAUACAAACACCUGCAGAAAUGUUUGGUUUUUUUAAGGCCGAGGGAGUCAAAACAGUUGGCAGUUUAAUCCCCGUGGCCUUCAGUGAAUUGAGAGGGCUAGAAAAUCAGUUCAAAUAAAUGUGUUUGGGUUUAGUUUCAGCCCAGGAGCUUUCGUGACAAAAAAGACAUUUCAUCUAUUGAAUAGAUGGCCUUGUGCAGAGGGUUAUUUUGUUAUAUACUACUGUGGUAGUUUUGUGUUUCGUUUUGCUCAAGAAGGUGCUCAAAUAAGGAACAAUUGCACUGGAUGUAAAAGUUGGGUCUCAAAGGAAAGUGAGAUCCUUGACACUGAUUAACCAUUCAGACAUCUGAAUCUGAGAACAUACUCAGCAGUUAACCAGCAAUUCAGCAGUAGCACAGUUUUUAAAUAUUUAAUCAAAGUCAACAUAUCCAAGGCAAGCGUGCAUUAGUUUACUAAAUAAGAAGGAAUUCAUCAGAGAAACGGCGCAGAUAUUUUUUAAAGUUGAUAUGAAGAGAGAAAGGCGAUUGCCAACAGCUCCGUUACAGGUUUGACUGGCAAUCCCACUAGUUUCAGACUAAUGCUAACGAUGCAAACAUUUAUAGUUUGAACUGAAGUCGCAUCGUCACCGUCGUGAUCUAUUCUCACCGAUGAACAGCUGGAGUGAGGUGAAGUACAAGUGAGCAAUCUUCACAGAGUUUAUUUCGUUUUAUUUUGUAGAGACUAUGAGCUGCACAUUUCAGAGUGCCUUUCAGAGACAGCUAUUUAUUAAGAUGUUUUCAGGGACAUAUAAUAACGAAAAUGUUGCUACAGAUGUGCGGUCUGUGGGGCAGGGAGGGAGCAGAGGUUAAUAUUGCAGUGUAGAUCAUUCUUGAGCUGUGAUUUAUUUUUAACCAGUGUUUUUAAACUUGUCAUGGCAGAAUUACUUUUUUGGUUCCAUGCUAUGUCUUGGAUCAAGUAGUUUAUGAAGAUAGCUUUAACAUAUUUAUGACAACUUAAGGAUUGGCUAUGCACAUUAGCUGUUAUCCUGUUGCCUUAUUGUAAGAUUCAUUUAGGUUCACUCCAUUCAUAGUGUAGUAAUUCUCAAUGAAUGCAAACCAUCAGGGGGCACAUUUAUAAUUAUUAGUUAGGAAGCACAUAAAAUUUUUUAAUUUAUAGACUUUUUAAAACAUCAAAAUCUGUACUGAACUGAAUAUUUUAGAGGUCCACGUGCUGUUAAUCAAUUUGGAAUGGCCUUGACUGAAUUCAUAAUGAUCUCUAUUCACUUUUAAUUUUCACUGUGAUGGAAACAUAGCCAUUGAGAAAAUAAUUUAGCGCAUUGUGAUAAAUCUGCAUAAAAAAAGAAAUCAAAUGAGCACUCCAUUUUUAUUUUGUUUUGAAUUGACUGGAACCUUUUCAGCACCUUAGACUCGAUGUGUAGCAUGCCACUUAGUAAAACUGCAGUUACAGGAGGAGCUGGGAGCUCAGUGCGUUUCCCGGGUUGUACUGACUUUUCAAGAGCAAAAACAUGUUUGAAGCAAUACAGGGGAAUGUUGUAAACAGAUGUACAUGUCAUAACUGUCUUUUUUUUUUUGCUCCAUGUGUAGAAUAGUGUAUUAUAGACUAAAAGCAGUGUUAUUCAAAAUAUAAUUUAAGAAAACCAAGCCAUGCAUGGUUUUAAAAGAAAGUGACACUUCUGCUUAAUCCAGGAGGUGGUUUCACUUUGGUUCUAAGAGCUGUAGGAUUUUCACUUCAGACUGUAACAUGAACACCCAGCGAUCGGCUUUACCAGUUACUCCAGUAAAAUCCAGAUGGAAGCCUUUGAUUUAAUUGCACUUAUAUUUUUAUCAUUAGCCCAUCACACACUGCUGCCUGUGCCAUAACAUCACUGUGGAACUUGGACUAAAGUGCUUUACUACCAAGGCUUCAAUUGCAUCUAUACCCACAGCAAAAACUAUGUAACAACUACAAUAAAAAGGCAAAAUGCAA